UCAGCUUGACUUUAGUCUCGACUUGUCCGUCUAUAUAAGCGCACGUCAGCAUGAAGUACUUGCGGCUCUUUCUCGUUCUAUUGUUAGUCUGGUUAGCCAGUGCCCAAAACUUUUUAGGCGAUUUGCCAACGAUCCCGAACGUGUGCCACCUGCAGGGCGACUGGUGCUCCACCAGGUGCCAGAUAGCAGGCGGACGGGAUGGCAUUUGCAAUCCGGCUGGACUCUGCACUUGCCAUCCCUUGUGAUUGUGCCACAUCGAAAUAAAUGAUGCCGGGAUC